AAAAAGUGAUUUAAUGUGACGGCAAGCCUCUGAGAUAAUCUUAAAGGAAACAAAGUUCCCAUUUUCAUGGGGUGCAAGUCGAGACUUUGCGCGUACUCCGCGUCUUCGCGAAAAUAACGCAGUCUGUGACCAAAUCGGCCUCUUCAUGAUUAACACCACCCCCCUGCCUUUGGAGCUCGUUGAAAGGCGACAUUGUUGCUUUAAGAUUGUUGUCACAAUCGCCGAUGGCUCUGUCCAUUGUCGGGGUGAGCUGGAUUGAUAACCGACUUGGCGGCGCAUAUCAUCGGUGGAGCAGCUGCAGAGCACGACACAAACCCUCACGUUCUCAACGCAUCUGGGCAGACAUGGGUUGCUUUGAGUGCUGUAUGCGUUGCCUGGGCGGGAUACCGUACUGCUCUCUGGUCGCCACGCUGCUCUGCUUCUCUGGCAUCGCCCUCUUCUGUGGAUGCGGACACCAGGCGCUCACAGAGACCGAAAGGCUCAUCGAAACCUACUUCGCCCGUAACAUGCAGGAUUACAUCACCCUUGCUUACAUCAUUCAGUAUUUCCAGUACGUCAUCUAUGGUUUGGCCUCAUUUUUCUUCCUCUACUGCAUCAUGCUGCUGGCGGAAGGCUUCUACACCACCAGCGUCGCCAACCAAACCUUCGGGGAGUUCCGAAGCACGAUGUGCGGCCGCUGCCUCAGUUCCACGUUUAUAGUGAUGACUUACGUGCUGUCUCUGCUGUGGCUCUUGGUGUUCGCCUUGUCCACUCUGCCCGUCUACUUCUUCUACAACAUGGGGGCCACCUGCCGCACCAUCGACGUCUUGACCGAGACCCCAGCGAGCAUCAACCAGCUGUGUGUGGAUGCACGGCAAUAUGGGCUCCUGCCGUGGAACGCCGUGCCAGGAAAAGCUUGCGGAAUAACUCUGUCCACCGUUUGCAAGACCAGAGAGUACCGAAUAACCUACGACCUCUACAUCGCCGCCUUUGUCGGCGCAGGCAUCACCCUCAUGGCUCUGCUGACCUAUACGGUGUCAACCACCUAUAACUUUGCGGUGCUGCGCAAUCUGGGGAGGAAGGGCAUAGGUGCACGGUGUUAGGCUCGCCAGCUAGCUUCCCGUCUGACCAACAGCACGGGGACUACAGUACAAGGAACUGCAACCAUUUUCUUCCUUUUCAUCACUUGUGCCUCCGUACACAUCUUUUUGGGGUGUCUUUAUGGCAACAGACUUUCAAAACUUUUUAGCUUUUUUUUCUCGUCUUACAUCGUUAGGUUUUACUCUUCUAUACAGGGUGAGGGGUGCUUCAGUUUCUGAUGCCACGUAACUAAACAAUUUUGACAUUGAUUGUAAGGUUAUUUUUUUUUACUUUUGUUUUUAAUGGAUUGACACAACAUUUUGGGUUACAGGGACUAGGUCAGCCUGCGAAUGGUGAGAAAUAAGUGUAAUUGAUGUGCAUCGAAAUCAGUGGGGGGUAAGAUCAAAAGCAAAAAAAAGCAAAAUAUUUACCUUCACACUCCUUUAUAAUCAUGAAUUCAGUCAUAUUUUGACCAAAAACAUUUUUUCCCUGAAACAUCUCCAAAUGCUGGCCACCUCUGCUAAAAUCGAGUUAAUCAGAUCAUUCAGUUCUAUCCUUGAAAUGAAAUUAUUCUUACAUACUAUAUGUUGUAAUCAGUAUUUGGUUCGGGAUCUUUUUUUUUUUUUGUGUUAUCUGAAAAAAAUCUAAAAUCUGACUUAUUUUAGAAAGGUGAUGACAUGAGGGUGGAAUUGACGACUAUGCGAAUCCACAGGUGCCAAAUUGCAAGUAUGCAUGUGGCGUCAUUUAACACAAAAAGUUGGGUCAAAAUAUAAGCCACAAAAUUGAGUUGUCAACUUUUUCGUCCCAUAUUGGGUUAUUUUUGAGCCUGUGUCGAAAACAAACAUUUUACUUCCCACCAUUCUCAAAAUGAGCUCAAAAAGAGGUCCUAAAUUAACAUGAACUCAAUAGCCAAUUUGCAACUCGUGCAGCGGACAAUGAGGAUUAUGGGUAACCUUGGCUACCAUUCCUCACAUCUGGUUGCCAGGGUGGCAGCCCACCUCGAGCCUUUUCUCACGAGCGGCCCCGACAAUGGAGUGGGCUCGUUGUGAAAAAGGGGCCAAUGAGAAGUCAGUCUGGGGCUUCGCUGUCUCCACCGCGGGUCAUGUGUCAAGGGGAAAGGGGCCUGUUUUCUAAAGCGCCAAUGGAGCUCCUCCACGACUGAAACCGUGACCUCCACCUCCUGUUGAACAAUGGAAAUGAUGGAUUGUGACUGAGCUGGCUAAAGCAAUUGUCGAUGA